AUGAUGUCAAACCUCCUUCAAAGCGUCCUCAGCUCGAGGCUAGCCAACGCUACUCUUGGCCCAAGCUCCAACGAAGCAUCCAGCGACACCCCAACCGAGUCCAAGGAAGGCCUCAACGACUGGGAGGAGGUCGACACCGACGAUGAGCUCGUCAACGUUCAAUCCACACCUGCCACUGCUGCCGCAACACCACUCGAACGAAGUCGACCUGCCUCCCCCACGCGUGCUCACUCCUCCUCCCGCUUAGCCGUGGAGACCGACACCACCGAUUUUGAGAGCGACGUCGAUGCUGCUACGUCCUCAUCGAAACAGCUGAGCUCGUCCAAGCUUCGCACCACUUCCAGUACGGGCGCAAGAAAACGUUCCUCCAAAGGUAGCAAAACCGACCCACUUCGCGCCUUCACCAGCGAAAUCGCCCAACACAUCUUCCUCCAGCUCCCCGUCGAAUCCCUCACCGCCUGCUCCGGCGUCUGCAAGCGAUGGCGUAGAUCAGCAACGCUCAACUACUGCUGGUAUCGACAUCACCAACACCAGUUCUCCGCGGGUUCGUUGGAUUCCGCCCUGCCCGCCAUUCCUGCUUGGGGGAACGGCGGUGCCAAAUGGACCAGAAGAGAGAGCAAGACCGACUGGAAGACACAAUUCGGCCGUCAGAAGCGUAUGCAGGCAAAGGAUGCCGCCAGAGCAGAAUCGUUGCCCGGAUCGGGAACCGCGACCCCAUCCAGGACGCAGAGGUUGCAGGAUGCCGGCAUCAUGACCACGCACGAAGCCAGGAUGCAACAGUGGAAGGAGGAAUCUGAUGCCCAGUGGACCAAGCAGGAGAUGAGAGAUUACUACAAAUCCGGUGCAAAGGGUGGCAAGUUCAAGGGUAAGAGGGAAAAGGGCGGUGUCAAGACGGGCGCGGCGGGCGAUGGAGGGUUAUGGGAGUAG